AUGCAGCAGAGGUCACAUUGCCACGCACUCAACUACAACCGUAGACCGCCGCUCAGCCCUGCUGUCAUCUCCGCCCCCCUCGGCUGUACGGUGCUCACUCGCCCGCCCGCACACGCCUCGCCUCGGCAGCCGUCGCUCAGCGCUGCUGUCAUCUCCGCCUGCCUCGGCUGUACGGGUGCUCACUCGCCCGCCCGCACACGCCUCGCCUCGGCAGCCGUCGCUCAGCCCUGCUGUCAUCUCCGCCUGCCUCGGCUGUACGGGUGCUCACUCGCCCGCCCGCACACGCCUCGCCUCGGCAGCCGCCGCUCAGCGCUGCUGUCAUCUCCGCCUCCCUCGGCUGUACGGGUGCUCACUCGCCCGCCCGCACACGCCUCGCCUCGGCAGCCGUCGCUCAGCCCUGCUGUCAUCUCCGCCCCCCUCGGCUGUACGGUGCUCACUCGCCCGCCCGCACACGCCUCGCCUCGGCAGCCGCCGCUCAGCCCUGCUGUCAUCUCCGCCUCCCUCGGCUGUACGGGUGCUCACUCGCCCGCCCGCACACGCCUCGCCUCGGCAGCCGUCGCUCAGCCCUGCUGUCAUCUCCGCCUGCCUCGGCUGUACGGGUGCUCACUCGCCCGCCCGCACACGCCUCUCCUCGGCAGCCGCCGCUCAGCGCUGCUGUCAUCUCUGCCUCCCUCGGCUGUACGGGUGCUCACUCGCCCGCCCGCACACGCCUCGCCUCGGCAGCCGCCGCUCAGCCCUGCUGUCAUCUCCGCCCCCCUCGGCUGUACGGUGCUCACUCGCCCGCCCGCACACGCCUCGCCUCGGCAGCCGUCGCUCAGCCCUGCUGUCAUCUCCGCCCCCCUCGGCUGUACGGUGCUCACUCGCCCGCCCGCACACGCCUCGCCUCGGCAGCCGCCCCUCAGCCCUGCUGUCAUCUCCGCCUCCCUCGGCUGUACGGGUGCUCACUCGCCCGCCCGCACACGCCUCGCCUCGGCAGCCGCCGCUCAGCGCUGCUGUCAUCUCCGCCUCCCUCGGCUGUACGGGUGCUCACUCGCCCGCCCGCACACGCCUCGCCUCGGCAGCCGCCGCUCAGCCCUGCUGUCAUCUCCGCCUCCCUCGGCUGUACGGGUGCUCACUCGCCCGCCCGCACACGCCUCGCCUCGGCAGCCGUCGCUCAGCCCUUCUGUCAUCUCCGCCUGCCUCGGCUGUACGGGUGCUCACUCGCCCGCCCGCACACGCCUCGCCUCGGCAGCCGCCGCUCAGCGCUGCUGUCAUCUCCGCCUCCCUCGGCUGUACGGGUGCUCACUCGCCCGCCCGCACACGCCUCGCCUCGGCAGCCGCCGCUCAGCCCUGCUGUCAUCUCCGCCUCCCUCGGCUGUACGGGUGCUCACUCGCCCGCCCGCACACGCCUCGCCUCGGCAGCCGUCGCUCAGCCCUGCUGUCAUCUCCGCCCCCCUCGGCUGUACGGUGCUCACUCGCCCGCCCGCACACGCCUCGCCUCGGCAGCCGUCGCUCAGCCCUGCUGUCAUCUCCGCCUGCCUCGGCUGUACGGGUGCUCACUCGCCCGCCCGCACACGCCUCGCCUCGGCAGCCGCCGCUCAGCGCUGCUGUCAUCUCCGCCUCCCUCGGCUGUACGGGUGCUCACUCGCCCGCCCGCACACGCCUCGCCUCGGCAGCCGCCGCUCAGCCCUGCUGUCAUCUCCGCCUCCCUCGGCUGUACGGGUGCUCACUCGCCCGCCCGCACACGCCUCGCCUCGGCAGCCGUCGCUCAGCCCUGCUGUCAUCUCCGCCCCCCUCGGCUGUACGGUGCUCACUCGCCCGCCCGCACACGCCUCGCCUCGGCAGCCGUCGCUCAGCCCUGCUGUCAUCUCCGCCUGCCUCGGCUGUACGGGUGCUCACUCGCCCGCCCGCCCGCACACGCCUCGCCUCGGCAGCCGCCGCUCAGCCCUGCUGUCAUCUCCGCCUCCCUCGGCUGUACGGGUGCUCACUCGCCCACCCGCACACGCCUCGCCUCGGCAGCCGUCGCUCAGCCCUGCUGUCAUCUCCGCCUGCCUCGGCUGUACGGGUGCUCACUCGCCCGCCCGCACACGCCUCGCCUCGGCAGCCGCCGCUCAGCGCUGCUGUCAUCUCCGCCUCCCUCGGCUGUACGGGUGCUCACUCGCCCGCCCGCACACGCCUCGCCUCGGCAGCCGCCGCUCAGCCCUGCUGUCAUCUCCGCCUCCCUCGGCUGUACGGGUGCUCACUCGCCCGCCCGCACACGCCUCGCCUCGGCAGCCGCCGCUCAGCCCUGCUGUCAUCUCCGCCUCCCUCGGCUGUACGGGUGCUCACUCGCCCGCCCGCACACGCCUCGCCUCGGCAGCCGUCGCUCAGCCCUGCUGUCAUCUCCGCCCCCCUCGGCUGUACGGUGCUCACUCGCCCGCCCGCACACGCCUCGCCUCGGCAGCCGGCUCCAGGUCUGCCCCACGGAAGGGUCACUCUGCAAGUGACGCAGACUCCCUAAUGGACGGCAGUCGGAGUGAAUUUCAGAUACAGCAGGAGACAACAGGAGUCGCAGUAGGUGGCAAAUCACGAGAGCAGACAGAGGGACAGGAGAGCAUGAUGUGUUACCGACUCCACUCGUGGCGGCGGGUGCGAAAGACACGGUUCCGACGCACUGUCGCUCCAGGCCAGCUCCAGAGGCACUACUGGCAGGGGAAGGUGUGGGCAGCUAACUCGUCCCCGUCGCGGUCCGAGCAGCAGCAGCAGCAGCAGGGGCGGCUGCAGCCGCACUGA